AUGGGUUCAAUCGUCUUGCCUCACCUGCAGUCAGCUUGGCAUGUUGACCAGGCCAUCCUCUCCGAGGAAGAGCGCUUAGUUGUGAUCCGCUUCGGCCGCGACCACGACCCCGACUGUAUUCGUCAGGAUGAGCUGCUGUACAAGAUCGCCGAGCGUGUGAAGAACUUCGCGGUGAUCUACCUUUGCGACAUCGACCAGGUCCCGGACUUCAAUCAGAUGUACGAGCUGUACGACCGCAUGACUAUCAUGUUCUUCUAUCGCAACAAGCACAUGAUGUGUGAUUUCGGAACCGGAAACAACAACAAGCUCAACUGGGUGUUGGAGGACAAGCAGGAGCUGAUCGAUAUCAUCGAGACCAUCUACAAGGGCGCCAAGAAGGGUCGCGGUCUUGUCGUCAGCCCGAAAGAUUACUCCACCAGAUACCGAUACUAA